CAUUGUUUUCCUCGAUCGUUAUCAUGUAGGGUAUUAGUGACUAGUUUCUGAGACAUCUUCGAAUCCUAAAAGAUUAUGAACCCAUUACGAUGUAAGUCAAUAGUGCCAUAUUUUCAUGAAAACCACUUCCAAUGGCAUGGUAGUAUGAUCCCCUCUAGCAAGACAGCCCAAGUAUAUUAAUUUAAUCAAUAUCCUAUCAUCUCAUUUGCUAUCGUAUUUAUAGCAAGCCGAAUCAAAAACAGGGGAGUGAAGCUUAAACUAAGGGUCCGUGUGGGUAUAGAGUUGAAUGUCAGGUACAAUUACGUAGGGGCCUAACUUCACAAGUUACCAGGUAUUAUUUGACCCGAAAUUUACCCGACGGAGUUUCCCAAGCUUCAUUCAUUCAAUCUUCUAACUCUAACUCUCUAAGAAUAGCUCCUCAUCUUUAAUAAUCAUACCGUAUUAUCUAAACCCUGAAGAACGGUAAUCGAUCCUUCGACUAUGAUCCCGAUAUAAUGAUGAUGAAGUAGGGCGAAUAUGGAAGCGACACAUCCGACUGUGGGAUGGGAGAGGGUGGGAGAUCGGUUUUACCGCAAGACGCAGCUGUAUACCGCGGUAUUCGACCAGGAUCUUGACUUGGACAAUUAUAUCGUUGCUGGUGCUCCAUAUGGUGGCGCCAUAGCCAUAUGUCGAGAUGACACCAAGAUCAUAUCUUAUCAGCCUUCUAAAUCAUCAAAACCCAGCAUCGACAUAUAUAGUUGCGCUGGUAAGCUGCUGAAGAGCAUUGGAUGGGAUAAGGGAUCCAUCAAAGGCCUCGGCUGGUCCGAAGAUGAGAAGCUUCUAGUAGUGAGCUAUGACGGUACCGUAAGAUGUUAUUACAACCUUCAAGGGGACUUUACACAGUUCUCCCUCGGUCGCGAAGCUGAAGAUUUCGGCGUCCACUCAUGUCGAUUCUACGAUCAUGGCAUGGUAGCCUUGCUCACUAAUAAUGCACUUAUUGCUGUGUCCUCGUACGAUGAGCCGCGACCGAAAGCGCUUACGAUGCCCCCGGAAGGAGAAGUCCACGCCUGGACCAUCAUCUCGCCAAGUUUCACUCUAUCGAGAUCUGUUGAAGUGCUCUUAAGUAUUGGAAAGACGGUCUACGUUGUGGAUAAGACUGAAUGUGAAGAUCGAUUCCUUGACAUUGGUCCAUUCUCACACAUCAGCGUAUCCCCAAAUGGGAAAUUCGCAGCCCUCUAUGCUGCAGAUGGGAAGGCCCACGUCAUUACUGCCGAUUUCCAGAGCCGACUAAGUGAAUACGAUUCCCGAUCUCAGCUCAUCCCUAAAUACCUAGAAUGGUGUGGUAAUGAUGCGGUUGUCAUUGCGUGGGAAGAUGAGGUGAAUGUUGUGGGGCCCAAUAAUGCUGUGGCACCCUACGUCUACGAAGGCCGCAUCCACGUAAUCGCAGAUCACGAUGGUGUACGACUAAUUACCAAUGAUGUUUGCGAUUUUAUCCAAAAAGUACCAGAUGUCACGGAGGAAGUUUUCCGCUUUGGAAGCGAGUCCCCGGCAUCCGUUCUACUAGACGCCGUAGAACAGCUUGAAAAUCAAUCUCCUAAAGCAGAUGAUAACAUACAACUGAUAAGACCCAAUCUUGUCGAAGCAGUCGACACGUGUGUUGCUGCUGCUGGGCAUGAAUUCAAUGCCCAUUGGCAGAAGCAAUUACUCAAGGCUGCUUCCUUUGGCAAAUCAGUUCUAGAUAUAUACAAUAGCGACGACUUCGUUGACAUGUGCGAGACCCUGCGAGUAAUUAAUGCUGUACGGUAUUACGAAAUCGGCUUGCCCUUGUCAUACGAACAAUACCAACGGCUUACCCCCGAGGGGUUAAUCCAAAGACUCAUCAACCGUCAUGAAUAUUUACUUGCGAUUCGUAUAGCCGGGUACUUACGUCUUCCUACGGAUCGAAUUUAUGUCCAUUGGGCAUCCGCCAAGGUCCGAAUUGGAACAGAAGAUGACGACUCGAUCUGCCGAUUAGUUGUGGAGAAGCUCUCGGGUAAGCCAGGUAUCUCCUUCGAAGCCAUUGCCCGCGCCGCCUAUGACGAGGGCCGUGGCCGAUUGGCUACAGAACUCCUCAACCAUGAGCCUCGUGCCGGACGACAAGUACCACUCCUCCUGAGCAUGGAAGAGGAUGAAAUUGCACUUGACAAAGCAAUUGAGAGCGGUGAUUCUGAUUUAAUCAUUUUCGUGCUCCUUGAGUUGAAGAAGAAACUCCCGUUAGCAUCCUUCUUCCGCGUGAUCAACGCACGACCGACAGCUACAGCACUUGUUGAGGCUUCAGCUGCGCUAGAAGGUGAUAAUGCUCUUCUCAAGGACCUAUAUUAUCAAGACGACCGUCGGGUAGAUGGCGCCGGUGUGUUUAUUCGCGAAGCAUUAAACCAGCCCGAUGCGCGUACAUCAGGCGACAAAUUAACACUCGCUGCAAAACUGCUCUCCGAUUCAAGAGAGAACCAUUUCGAACUAACCGCCUUGAAGGAGGCAGCAACGCUUCUACGUAUGCAAGAGGCACUGGAUCGCGACUUGACAGAUACCUUUACCGGUCUAAGUGUCAACGAAACAUUAUUUAAGCUAAUUCGACUGGGAUAUCAUAACAAAGCCAAGAAAAUCCAGAGCGAGUUCAAGGUUCCCGAGAAGGUAGCUUGGUGGAUUCGACUACGGGCACUCGUCGCAAAACGGGACUGGAACGAGAUCGAGGACAUUGCUAAGAGCAGAAAGAGCCCGAUCGGCUGGGAACCCUUUUACAACCAAAUCCUGCAAGCGGGCAACGCCCGCCUGGCAGCUACAUUUAUCCCCAAGUGUACGAACCUAGAGCCCGGCGCCUCAAUCACCAUGUACGAGAAGUGCGGUAUGCGCGUUAAGGCCGCGGAAGAAGCCGUCAAAGCCCGAGAUGCCGAGGCAUGGGCUCGUCUAUUCGAGGCCGCUGGCAAAAAUACUCCUGAGGGGAGAGAUAUUGAGCGCUUAGGAGCACAGGUGUUUAAGAAGUAAAUUGAUAAUCAACUUGGAAGGCCACUCGUAGAAGUGGCAGAGGCGAUCAGUCAGGAUGUAAUUAUGCAGAAGAUACCAUUAAGAACGGAGACUAAACUUUUACAACAAGCACAAUUUUCAUACGAGA